AUAUUAUUUGUCAAACUGUAACUGACAAUGUUGAUAUUCUAAAGAUUAUGAUUAAAGAAAUAAAAGUUAAUGAAAAUAUAAAUGAUGAGAAAUUUUUAGAUGCAAUUAUUGAUGGUUUAAAAGUUUACAAUGAAAAUCUUGAAGAUGGAAUUGAAUGUAUUAUGAUAUUAAUUGAACGAAUGAAAAAAAUAUCAAAUAAAAACUGGAAAAAUAUUUUACGAUUAAAACAAAAAAUUAUUUUGAAAUUAGCUACGAAAGAAUAUUCUGAAAUACAAACACGAAUUCUUGUUGCAAAAUUAAUCGUUCGAACAAUAACUGCAUUUCGAUCGAAUGAUCGUCAUGAUGUAAUCAAUCGUUUACUAAAUAAAUCUCAUCAUUCACUUCUUUUUCUUGCAUAUGUUUUUCAUGAUUUAUUAAAUGCUGAAGAAACAAUUGAUAAUGAAUUAUUUCUUGAUUAUCUUCAUAAACUUAUUGAAAAUCAUUCAUCAGAAUCAAUUGUUUUCGACUUACUUCAAAUUUAUUGUAAACAAAAUUUAGAUCAACAUGAAAAAAUUUUAAAAUUACUUGAAAAUGAAAAUAAACAAGAGAAUUUACCUAUACAACAAACAAAUCAAUUACUUCUUAUUCUGAAAUUAUUUCCAGAUUCGAUUUCAACAACAGAAAUAAUUUAUAAAGCAAUUAUUAAAAAAGCUAUCUUAUUUUUUGAAUCAUCCAAUGAAAAUAAUCAGAAUAUUGAUGAAUGGAUGUUAUCUUUUGAACAAUGUACUACUCGCCUUCUAACUCAAAUAAAAAGUGAAAUUGAUCUAUAUGAUUUAACCAAACAUCUAUUAAAAUAUUUUAAAAUAUUUACAAUAAAUUCAAUUAGUUUAUUAAAAACUUUAAUUCAAUUUUUUGUAUCACAAGAAUCAUUUGAUCAAAAACAUCUAUCAAAAUUAUUUGCAAAUUUUCUUAAACAUAAAAAUUUUCUUGAACAACUUUCAUCAUCAAAUUGUUCAAUACUUGUUGAUAUAUUAUCAUUAUUUGUUUCACAUUAUGAUUCAAAACAAUCAUCAAUAACAAUUGAAUGUUCGAAACAUUUUCCCAUGUUAUUAUCAAUUUAUAAUCCAACAUUAUCAAAAACUAAUCAACAUACAUUAGCUUGUAUGUAUACCUAUGAAAAACAUGGUUAUUCAAUGAAAUCAGCUUUUGUUUGGGGUGAAGCAGCAUUAAAAUUAUAUAGUACAACAACAGAUACAAAAAAUGUUUUAUUACAAGCAUCGAAAUUAGAACAAAUUAUGAGUUUAUUAGAUGAUAGAAUGAUGAUGAAAUCAAUUUUAUUUUAUCCAGUAACAAGAAGAUUGAGAACAAUUGAACCGAGUGUAUUUGAAGAAGGUGAUCAUAUUUAUGAUCCAGCUUAUUUAAUACCCGUUUUUUAUCAUUCACUUGGUUCAGAAAAUGUUGUAAAAUGUCAACAAUUUGUUGAGAAACAUUGUCUUGCUUAUUGUUUAAUGGCAUUAAGUUCACGUUGUGGUUUAUUACGAGCUGUUGUCUACAAUUGUCUCGCUCGUUUUGAACAACAUUUAGUAACACAAAAAUUCUAUUGUAAAGAACAAAUCUUAACAAUGUUAACAUUAUUAAAACAAAGUAUUAAAAAAUCGAACUUAAAACUAGCACCCAUUGUUGCUUUGUUUCUAUCAAAAUUAGUUGAUCUAUUUACUCAUCCCGAAUCGAAAAUGUAUCGAACAAUAACAAGAUUUCUUCUUAAACAACCGUAUAUCGAUCUUGUUCAUAUUCCACUUUUUGGUGAACUUUUUCAUAGUGCAUCAACUGAAUAUAAAUAUGAACGUGGUUGGAUAUUAAAUUUAUUAAAACAUGGUAUAAAAGAUUCAAUUGAUUAUACAUUAUGUACGAAAGCAUAUGUAUUUAAAACAUUAAUGACAUUUUAUAAUUGUUCAUUAUGUGAUGAUUCAACUAAAAUUGAAAUUCUUAAUGUCUUUCAUUCAACAAGUAAACUUCAGGAUGUAUUAAUGUCACUUUUAUUUGAUUAUGGAUUUCUUCUUUGGCUACAAAUAUUGAUAAAAAACUGUUCGAGUGAAAGUUUAAAGAUAUUAUCAUUGAUUAUUAAAAAUCUUGGUUUACGUUUACAAUCAAUUGAUAAUCAAGUACAGUUAUUAGAGUUUGAUUGUCUUCUUAUGUUAUUUAUUCGUCGAUUAAAAAAUGAAACGACGAUUUCAUCAUCAAUUGCUGAUAACGUGAUGUCUACUAUAGUAAAAUAUCAGGAACGUCUUAAAUUAUCUGUUGAUAUUCAACAGAUAAAACAUAUUGCUGAUUAUUCAACAAUAGUGAAGAAAACAUCUUUGUUAUCUUGUUUUUGUUAA